UAUUAAUACUCUAACAGGUAUGAAGAUUCUAUUCUUUCUCUUUCUUCUGCUCUUUUCUUGGUACCAUUUCUGGAAGUCGCCUUUAAAACUUUGCUUGAGCUUCCUGCUUAGUGAGAGGCAUGAAUUCCUUCUGUUGCUUCAUUCAUGUUUGCUUUCAGAGUACAAUAAUCUCCCGAGGGAGUUUUCUAAGAGACUUUGAGGUAUUAAAAGACAUCCUGGUGUUUGCUAUCUUUCAGCACUGCGGGCUACUUGCGAUUAGUUUGGAAUUCUUAAAAUGUGGCUCAGUAUUUGAGCUUGCUUUUUAUGCCUUAAAUCUGAGUUUGGAGACCGAUGAACAGAAGUGUGCCUUUGAGUUUGAUUCACCUGAUAUUACGUUUAUGUAUUGACAUAGAGUUGACAAAAUUCAAAACUGCUGGUGUAGAAAUUGCCAAAAGUGGAAAUGGAAGUAAGUGACACAAGACAGGAUACACAAUCUCACAACUGUAAGAAUCGAUGCAGGCCUUUAGGCAGUGAGGCAUUGCCAGAAGGAAUUGUUGCCAAAACUUCGAACUUGGAGAUGCGCCCUUUGUGGGGUCCUGUGGCAGAAAAGAGCAAUUCAAAGCGUUCAAUGAAUCUGUUGGCCAUUGCAGUUGGAAUAAAGCAAAAAGAAAUAGUAAAGCAAAUUGUUAGUAAGUUUCUGGAAAAUGACUUUGUUGUGAUGCUUUUUCAUUAUGAUGGAGUUGUGGAUAAAUGGAGCGAUUUCGGGUGGAGUGAACGCGUCGUCAUACAUGUUUCUGCCAUAAAUCAAACAAAAUGGUGGUUCGCCAAGCGGUUUUUGCAUCCAGACAUAGUUGCCAAUUAUGAUUACAUUUUUUUGUGGGAUGAGGACCUUGGAGUUGAAAAUUUUCACCCAAGAAGGUAUCUAUCUAUUGUUAAAGCUGAAGGUCUUGAAAUAUCACAGCCGGCUCUUGAUCCUGAUAAAUCAGAAUUACAUCAUCAAAUUACUGCACGUUGGAGGAAAUCAAGAGUGCACAGGAGGUUCUAUAAGUUAAAAGGAGGCGGAAGGUGUGAUAACAACAGCACAGAUCCUCCUUGCACAGGUUGGGUGGAAAUGAUGGCUCCUGUGUUCUCAAGAAAAGCCUGGCGUUGUGCAUGGUAUAUGAUCCAGAAUGACUUGAUUCAUGCAUGGGGUCUGGAUAUGCAGCUUGGUUACUGUGCACAGGGUGAUCGGAUAAAAAAUGUUGGCGUAGUUGAUGCUGAGUAUAUAGUUCAUAUGGGGCUUCCUACACUCGGAUUUUCAGAUGGAAACAAGUUGAGUCAUGGAUCACCUGAAUAUUCCUUGCAAACAAAGCACUUGUCAGAUUCAGAACAACUGGCAACUUCUGGGCUCUAUAAAGUUGAUAAUAGAUCUGCAGUGAGGAGACAGUCCUAUAUUGAAAUGAAGAUUUUCAAGAAUAGAUGGAGUAGAGCAGUUAAGGAAGACAAAUGUUUUGUCGAUCCAUAUCAACAACCUGCAGUACAUUACAGGCGUUAGCAUACCUAUUUUCUAGAACCCUGUCAACUAAGCGAAAGUGCAUGGUUGACGGUAUCCUUUUUUAUUCAUACUCACCAACAGAAAUCACAAACAAAUUGCCCUACAUUCAAUUUUAUGACCAAUGUGAAAGAAAUCAUAGCAGUCUUGAAGAGCCUUGGGUACCAAAUCAGUGAGUGAUGCUGUACAGAUGAUGCUGCACCUGUUGUGCUCAAGCUAGGAAUGGUCAAUUCAGAUAUUUUUUUUUUUGGGUACGAGUUAUGAUCAUAUCAUUGAUUUCUUGGAAUUACUGGAAGCUUUUUUUGCUCUACAAAUAAGAAAAUUUGCAACCCAUUGGUAAAGCUGAAAACCCAUAGUAAAUCGAUUACUUUUUUUUUUUUUUGGGUCAAAUCGAUUUUUUAUUAUCAGUUUAUGUACUCUCUUGGUCAAC